AUGGCGCCGCGAGGCUCUGGGGGUUCCUCGCUUCCCCGUGAGAAAAGCGGGGCUGGUGUUAGUGCUCUGCCCUCCCGCUUGGCCUCGGUUGCUGGCACAAACACUUGUGCUCUGAGGGCUUGUCUGCGGGGAGCCCCCUUUCUCUUGGGCUGCCUGCGGCUGCGCCAGUGGCUCCUCCGGGAGGUCUGCCGUUCACGGAAUCAUUUUAAAAAAGACUACAGAGCAAGAUUCUGCCAUGGAGGAGGAAAUAAGAUCGAUGUACAGCCAGGUCAAAACGUUCUGAAACUCAUACAGGAUUGUUUCGAAAGUUGUGGCGGUGAUCUUACAAUAAGUUCUCCAAGUGCAACCUGUUGCUCAACUCCUAUUGUCAGAAAUGAGAAGAGGACUUCAAUACAGAGCCAAAGGGCAGGGUUAACUAACUCUGUGAAAAGAGCCUGUAAUUCUCCAGAGUCCUUACCUGCAUCAGCACUAAACACAGUCAGCAGCAGAGGAUGGUCACAUGAAUCACCCCUGAAGCCUGCAAUACAUGAUUACGUAGCUGAUUCUAAAACCCCAAAGUCUCCUGUGUCUAAAAGAGAAACAAGUAAUAUAUUAAAAGAUGUUGAAGCGCUAUGUAAAAGUCCCGCCAUAUCUUUGGACCCUGAGGAUGAUCAUGAGUCUCUUGGAUCACCUCUUCUUGUGGAGGAAGUGAAAAGUUCUCCUGUACAUAUAUUACAUUUUGAUGACCAAAAUACCCCUGCUGCAGCGAAGAGCCACGUGGAAGUUGAAAAUUUGGAAGGACCUCAGACUGGGAAAGAUGAGCAGGUUGUUCUCAUGCAAGGAACAGAACGUAUUGCUACGCCUUCUGUACGGAAAGAGAAGUCUUUCUCUUCGGCUGUCUUAGCAGCUGUAGCAACAGGAUCACUUGGAAAAAGGUAUUCAGCCUCAAUAUCCCCGCCAUCGCCUCCUCCUGUGAAAGAUCAAGAUAUAGAAAUAGAAAAUGAAUGUGAAUUUUUAAUUGAUGAAUCAGAUGGUGUAUCUUUUAAUUCUUGGUUUUCAAUACCCCAUAAGAACAAAAAAUCAAAAAAAGAUGGCUCUGCAACUCCUAAACCUCAGCCCUCUGAAAAGGAGAAGACAGAGAGUAAGAAAGGCAAGAAGAGAAAAGCACAGGUUGAAGCACUUACUAAACAGAAAACGGAUGAUUUGGAUGUCAGAGUACCUGGCUUCAAAGGGACAUCAGAAUCAGAUCCAGUCUCUAACAGUGAAGGAAAGGUCCUUAAAUCUCAAAGGCAAAACAGUACUCCUAUGGGAAAGACUAAAAGGGAUGCACUUAGGCAAGGCUCUCCAAAUCAGAAAAAGGAGACGUCCUGGAAACCAGAAGCCGAAGAACUGAUGUUGUCACAGUCUGGAUUGGAAACAAAAGCAUCUGAUGCAGAACAAUGUAAAACAAGGGUGAUGCCAAAUGAGGAUUCGCCUAUGCUCUCAGCUGGGCAUCAGCAAGAGCGGACUGUGUCUCCAAAAAAGAAUCUCAAGUCUUCCAAGUAUCUGCAGUCAGCUUCAAAAGCUGCUCAGCAUUUAGUUCACAAGAAACAAACUGCUAAGCAGAAACUUCCAAAAGAUACAGUAGCUAAGAGACUGGCAGAAAGUCCGAGGAAGAAGCUUAAAAAAUCUGGCAAGAAAAGUAGUAAUAAAAAGCCUCAGUUACAAAGAGAGGAGAGUUCUGACACUGAACCUGGCGAAGAAGAGCUCGAAAGAGAGCCUGUAAAAUUGGAAGAAGUGUUUACUUCACCUCUGCAUCAGAACUUACAGACUUCCAUGAUUCAGAAGCUGGCUAAGUCUGACAAGCCUAAAAACGUAUUGCGUGCAUUGGAGUCACUUGGUGGUGCAAAUAACAAAACUCCUGUAAAAGCACUGCAGCACCUCAUAGACGGUGUGAAGAAUUCUGGAAAGAAACAAUUGUCAGCUAAGUCUUCAGGGAAGAUAGCCAAAAAGAUUUGUCACAGAGCCAGUAAAGGUGUUUGCUCAAGCCCUGAGGACGCCGAGUCUCAAAUGGACUCUGACAGCUCUUCUGUACAGGACAUGGCAAGAAAAAACCAGAAGUUAUCAGAUAUGAAAAGAAAAAGAAAACGUAACACGCAACAUGGACUACAAGAUUCCUUUGCAGCUGAGAAGGCUACGAGUCGUGAAAGUGGGCCCGUUCUAGAACAUCGUGAUAAGUUUACUUCCAGAAGUAAGUCUUGUGAACAGGAUAAUACAUCUUCAGAUAAUUCUGAAGACUUUAAUUGUCAAGUAAGAAAUCUGUUGUCAGACAACAUAGCAAGGCAUAAUAAAAUAGUAAUGCCUUCCAACACACCUAAUGUUCGUCGGACAAAAAGGAUACGACUAAGACCUCUGGAAUAUUGGCGAGGCGAGCGUGUAAACUAUACGAUGAGGCCUUCAGGAGGACUUGUGAUUAGUGGAAUAGUGUGUCCAGAAACAGAGCCUCACAGGAAGAUUAAACGGAGGAAGGGUGGUCACAAGCAGAAAAGAGAUGAAACAAGAAGUGAGAUACCUGCAAAUUUGGAUCACACCCUCGCUGAUACUUCUAAGCCAACCGUUGUACUGGACCCAGUAACAAAUGAGGAAGUACUUCUAGAAUGUGUUAACACCGAAAGCAGUCACUCAUGCUUCUUCAAAGAUGAAUCGGUAGAAAUAUAUAAAAAUUUGAAUACAUCUGCUUUUGCCAGUGGUAGAUUGAUUUUGAAACCAUUUAAAGAAAAGGGACACCAGUUUGUCCACAUGGAUACAAUAGCUUUCCAUGUUAUCCGUGGCAAAAUUAUUGUUACCUUACAUAAGACGUCAUAUUAUCUGACUACAGGGGACUUCUUCUAUGUUCCAGCAGGAAAUGGAUAUAACGUACGUAAUCUUCUGAACGAAGAAAGUGUUCUUCUCUUCACACAACUCAAAAAAGACAGACCAAAAGCAAGAAGCAUGUUGUUGGAGACCUCUUCCCCGUAA